AUGUCAACAAAUAAUAAACAAGUACCACGAGCUAUUUCAGAAUCUGUCAGUUCAUCAUCAUCUGAGAUAGUAGCAACGCCAUCGACUAAAACAAUGCAACAAUUAUUAAAUGAAAUUGAUCAAGUUACAAUCAAUGCAAAAGAGAAUAUAAAGACAUUAGAAAAAAUUGAUACUAGACCAAAGAAUGCAAUUGCUAAUCGUGAUCGUUUAAUAGAAGGUCGAAGACAAAUACAAACUCUAAUAGAACGUAUAAACGAUCUUGAAAAACAAAUGAAUGCAAUGACAAAAGAAUCAGAUCCAAAUUGGCCGAUAAAAAAAUUUGAUAAAUCAAAACAAAAUGCAUUAAACACUUUAUCCGAUCUUUUAAAUAAACUAAAACAAGUUGAUCAACAUCUUGAAAAAGCAACUGAAACAAUUCCUGUCAAUGAUCAACCUUCUACCGCUUCAUCUGUAUCGACUCAAAAUGAAAAUUCAAAAAGAUUUGGAUCACCUUUAGGUAAAUUUUCAUUUGGUAAAACAAAGAAAGCAGCACCAUCGGAAUCUAAUGAUGAAACAACAAGUGAUGAAGAAGAAAAUGAAGAGAAUGAUGAUGAUCGUCAUCAUACGGCAAACAAAAAAGAAAAAUCAUCAAGUAUACCUCAAUCAACAAAUAACAUAGAAACUUCUAGUGAUGAAAGUGAAGAUGACGAAAACAAUAAUCAUCAAACAACAAAUGAAAUUCAACGUAAAAAAUUACAAGAUGGUAGUUCAACAGAUUCCGACACUAGUGAAAAUUCAUCAGAAACCUCAACAUCAUCAAAUACGAAUAAAAAACCAUCAAUAACUAAAGUUCAAUCAAAACAAUCAUCACCACCAAUAUUUAGAAAAACGACUAUUGGAUCAACUUCAAGUUCAGUAUCUCAUGAAAAAACAUCAAGUUCACAAGAACAUACAGUACAAAAUAAUCAUGAAAGUGAUGAUGAUGAUGAUGAUGAUGAUGAUGAUGAUGAUGAUGAACUUAAAAGAUUAUAUGAACGUGGCGUAAAAGAAGAAGAAGAAGAAGAAGAAUCUAUUCAUGGUUAUGAACAAACAGAAGAAGAUGAAUCAAAUAUAAUGAAUGCACAUGUGCAAGAACUUCGAAUGGGAACAUAUUCACCAGGUACACAAUUUCGUGUUAUAAAUAAUUUAAAGGGUCUUCAAACUGGUGAUUUAACAAUAAAUAAAGGUGAAAUAUUAAUACUUGUUGAACAAAAACCUGAUGAUUGGUGGUUAUUUAAAAAUUCUCAAACUCAACAACAAGGUUUAGUACCUAUUAAUCAUAUUCGACUUCAAUCUCGAAUAUCAGAUAAAAGAUUACGAAAUCAAAUAAAAUCAAUUACAUCACCAUUAACAUUUGUUGAUGCACUUAAAACAAAAAAUGAUAUACCAACAGGUUUUAUAGCAUCAGAUUUAGCAUCAUUAACUCAACAUAAUCAAUAUAAAUUAUCACAUACUCUUAUACCGAAAAUGACUGAAUCAAAUUUUACUUUUACUGAUCUUCAUUGGCGAUAUGAUACCGAUCAAAUAUAUCUUGAACAAGUUAAAUAUCAAAAAAUUUUAAGAAUUCAAAAAUGUUCGAAGAUACCAAGAAUUAAAGGUCAACAAAUUGAUGUGCUUUGUCGUUGUGUUCGUAUAUGUCUACACGAUGGAUUUAAAAUAAUUUCUAAUAUACAUGCAAUUCGAGCACAUAUAUUAAAUAAAAUCGAUGAACGUGAUUUAACUGAAGAUUGGUACUUUGCAGUUAAUAAUGACAAUACAUUUAUUGAUGAACAAACUAAAUUACUUAUACGUUCAAAUGAAUUUGAUCCAUCUAAACAUUUAUAUUUACUUAUUGAAUUAUCACAAUUAUGUCAGUUAAAAGAAAAUAAUGAAAAAUGUGAAAUUGGUUGUGGUUGGAUAAUGAUACCAUUUGAUGAUAAUCAAUUUUCAGUUAUGCGUGAUAAAAAAACUUAUAAUGAACUUUUACAUGGUGGACAUUUUCAUGAAUUAGAUAUUCUUCUUGAUUCACAAUAUAAAAAUUUUCCUACAGAUGGUUUAUCAGGAAGAUUUAAUCGACGUAAACAAGCACGUAUUCGAUUUUCAUUAGAAUCUCGUGAAAAAUAUGUUGAUUUACUUUAUGAUAAUUUACCUGUAACAUCUAUGAUUAUACCAAUAAAUUUAAUACAAAUACUUUUUUUUUAUCGUAAUGAACUUGCUUAUCAAUUACAAAAACGUUAUCAUUCAUAUAAUUUAUCAACUACACCACUUGAUUCAAUAUUUCUUAGUACAUUUUAUGAAGUACUUGAACAACCUGAUCUUAUCUGUGCAUUAAAUAAAUUAUAUCAUCAACGUAAAGAAUUAAAUUAUCGACAACAAAGAGAAGAAUUUAUUAAAAUCUAUGAAUUAUGUAUUUAUCCACUUUUAUUUUAUCGUCAAUUACCACUGUAUGAUUUUCAAAAUGAAUCAAUAAUGAAUCACCGAAGAAAAUUAAUUAAAACAAUAAUUAAUCAACAAUUAUCAACGAAUAAAAAUCAUCAACCUGAUAUUCUUAACAUAUUACUUGAUCCUAAUUUAACAGAUAAAUGGACAUUAUUUACAACAGAUGAAAUAUGUUUUUCAUUACAAAAAUAUGUGUAUAAUUUUACAUCUUAA